AUGAGCAUAAAUGAAUAGGAAUUACAAAGUAAUGUCGAAAAAAUAGUAGAAAACGUAACUAUCAUUAUUAGGAAAUUAGUAUAUGAAAAGAAUAAAACAACUAGUCGAUAAAAUUAGUUGUUUUAAAAGAAUGAAGAUUAUCGUGAGAUUACUUAAGAAAUUGCUAUAAAAGAAUUAUAAAAGUCUUCUCUUUUAGAUAAUUUAUUAAAACAAAUUGAAUUAAUAGUUGACAACUUAAUACAAAAAUAUUUUUUUGAUGUGAAUUUUAGUUGUAUAUUUGUAGUUUCAAAAUUAACUUCUGCAUAUAUCUAAUGAACUAUAUUAAUUGAAGUCAAAGUAAACCUUAUUUGGAGGUCAAGAUAGCUCAAUGAAAUAUACACCUGUAUUAUCAAAGAAUAGUUCUUUUAAUGAUAUCAAUGAUUAAUUUUUUUUUGAAGAUUCGAUAAAAAGUGUUAAAGCUAAAAUCAAAUCUGUGAAAGAGGAACUAAAUAAGAAAAUUUAGAAUCAUGAAUUAUUGAUCAACUUAUUGUCGGAUUAAUAGUAAUCAAUAUUUAUAAUAAAAACAAGGAAGGAAGUCAAAGAGAAUUUUAAAAAAAAUUAACUUGAUGGCAACGUAAAAUAGGUUAUAAUAGAGUGCAUGAAUAACUAAUAUCAGGUAAUGAAUUCGUUUUAUUUGCUAGUAUUAGAAAAGAAAUGUAAUGAAGUGUUUGAAACGAAAUACAAUGAAUUGAAAUAAUUUGUAGAUUUAAACAAUCAGAAAUUUAAAAGUAAAACUUAAAGUAAUAAAUAGCUAAGGAAGCCGUGCUGUGGACAAUUGUAAAUGAAAAUAAGAGUGAGAUGGACAAAAUAAAUGCUUAGAUAGACAAAAUAAAUACCUAGAUGACCAGUUUGAACAAAUUUCUACAAGAUGUGAAGGAAAAUAACAAUUGGUUUGCAAAUAUUUGGAAAUGA